AUGUCCCCCGGACAGAUCAAAUCAAACAUUCAUCGCUUCCGCGUCCGACAGACAUCCCCAUCCUCGGCAGCGCUGCGUCGCUCUGCCUCGCCUCCCGCCGUGCGCCAUGCCCCGCCACCACCGGAGACCGCCCCCGAUGUCUCAUCUUCAUCGACAACAUUAGCACCAGUCUCAACGGCCCCAGCCCAGGCCUUAGCUUCAGGUCCGGUCCCAUCUGCGCUUCCGUACCCAAGUCCGACCGCAGUCACCACCAAUGCCUCGGCCUCCGUAGUGCUCUCCGCUGUCCCGGCAUCGUCGCCCAAGACGACCCGCGACAUUCCUGCCUGCGACCGCUGCCGCAGCUUCAAGAAGAAGUGCAGCCGCACGUUUCCCGUGUGCACACUCUGCGCCAACGCAGGGCACAAAUGCUCUUUCUCAACGCCUGCCGCGUCCACCGCGGCUCAGACGCAUCACCUGCGAGCCCGCAUAGAGUGGCUUUCACGCUUCAUCAAUGACAGUUUUCCCAUUGCGGGCAUCCCGGGCGUGGAAGCUGUCGACACAGGGACUGACCUCGCCUCGCUGCUGGGUUCGUCGCAAGCUGCUAUCGCUGCCGGGCAGCCGUUGGAAGCUAACCCGACAACGCCAGCGAAUGGAGCCACGCCUGGUUCCUUGAGCGUUGGGAGCAACCGUGGGGAGCCAGGAGAAACGUUUGCGGUAGACCAGCAGCCGCAUGGAGCCCCAGGAUCUGUCCUGUUUGAUCAGAGAAGUCUGGCAGUAAACGUAGACUCGGAAUCGCCGUCGUCGAGAGGCAAUGACCACGUAAGAGCUCUCCUUCAGCCAGCACCCGAACCCGGGAGGAUACCGGGCAUCGAGGGUCUUCGCGAUGGAGAAGGCUUUACGUCUUCCAGCUUGCCAAAAGAUGCCAUUGCACGACGGUUCGUUGACGCCUAUUUCCGGAACGUGAACCGGGCGUACCCGUUUGUCAACCGGGUCAAGGUUCUGCGAGACCUUGAGUCCUUGGGAGAAUCAUCUAAGAGACGCCGAGAUGCCGACUCGACAUUACUAUACCUUAUCAUGGCCAUCGGAUGCACCACUCUUCAGAGAGCAGGCCAAAUACCGAACGACACGGCGUCCAAGUUCGACGUGGCGUAUGCUGACAUCAUCCAAGAGUGUUUGGCGAGAGAGGAUCUCGAGUCGAUUCAAAUCCUCGUCCUGGUAGCAUUGUACUCGCUCUUCGACCCCAAAGGGAUCUCAACAUGGUCCAUAGCCGGCAUCGUUUCCCGUCAAGCCAUGCUGCUCGCCCUGAGCAGAAGAUCUUCUGAGGACAAAAGCCUUUCAGCGAUGGACAUUGAGUUACGUCACCGACUGUUCUGGAGCAUCUACGUGUUGGACCGCAUGAUGGCCAUCUCACUCGGGCUCCCGGUGGCCCUGAUCGACGAGAAUGUCGAUGUCCCGUUACCCGGCCUCACCAUCGAAGAGUUUGCGUCACCGGACCGACAGCACUUUGCAUCCAUUCUGCAGACCAAUCGGCACGUCAUUCAGCUCAGACAACUAGAGGACCGAAUACUGAAGCAGAUCCAUACGCGAAAGCAAUCCGAUGUUGCCGCACUCUCACAAGCCGAUAGACGAGCCAUCGUACAGAACAUCAGGUCCGACAUAGAGAACUGGUAUAGCAACGGAUGUCUUGUGUCCCCGCUAGAGCCGGACAACGUUCCUAUUCAUAAUUCGGUGACCUGGCUCAGUGCCAGAUACUACCAUCUUCUACUCCUGCUCCACUACCCCUGCCACUUCAACUCUUGCGGCUCCAUCGUGUCUGCGGUCGAGCUCCUCCGUUUCGCACAGAAGCAUCUGCAGUCGACGUCGGUCCUCUUACAGCAACGUCAGCUCCCUUUGAACCGUGUGACACUUUGCCGGCUGUUUCCGGUAGGUCUGGUCCUGAUCCACAGCUUCAUCGCCUGCGCCGCAGAAUGCACAUCUUUCUCAGCCCGGGAUGAGGUAGCCGUUAUCGUCAGCAUUCUCGAAGCCUUCCCCGAGGGCUGGACGCAAGCCCGGCAAGCCGCGCACGUCUUCCGCCAGUUCAUGAGUCUCAUCUCCGGCGUGCCGAACAACGGCUACACCACCCUCCACUUCCCGGGCAAUGUCUACGGCAACGGUCAAAUGGCGUCGUCGCGGGAGUCGUAUCAGGCGAUGGUCAGGCCCAUCAUUACCGGACUCGUGACCCUGAUGCAGGAGGUUCUCGGUAGGUCGACUUGCUACUCUUUCCACGAAUUUCCCGAUGACUGUGGUGGGCUGUCUUCGGCUUCGGCAGGGUUUAGGGGACAAGCAGCAUUUUCUCCCACGGGUCCGGCUCGCCAUUCGGCGACAGUUGGGAACGAUGACUCUUCUAUGGACUACGGAUGGGGCUCGUUGGAACUGGGAUUUCUCUGA